GCCGUGACCUCCGUCUCGCCCCUUCUCCCAAACCCCUCCGCCCUUCCCCAGAACCCUAGUGGCGGUCUGCGGCAAUGGCGAAGCUCGCACUUCUCUUCCUAUUCGCCCUUCCUCUCCUCCUCUCACUGACCUCCCUCCUCCCCCUCCACUGCAACGCCUUCUCCGUUGACCGGCCCACCGAUCGGCGGCUCCUCGUUCUGGUGGACGACCUGGCGAUCCGGUCCUCCCACUCUCGCUUCUUCUCCUCCCUCCAAGCCCGAGGGUACGAUCUCGAUUUAAGGCACGCCGACGACCCUGGGCUCGCCCUACGCCGGUACGGCCAGUACCUCUACGACGGCCUCAUCCUAUUCUCCCCGUCUGUCCAGCGUUUUGGUGGAUCGUUGGACCUGGCGGCGGUUCUGGAUUUCGUUGACGCAGGGCAUGAUUUGAUCUUGGCGGCAGACUCGUCUACUUCCGACUUGAUUCGGGAGAUCGCAACUGAAUGUGGGGUUGAUUUUGAUGAGGAUCCUGCUGCCAUGGUUAUUGACCACACUAGUUAUGCAGUCUCAGAGACUGAAGGCGAUCAUACACUGAUCGCUUCUGAUGAUUUCAUCAAGUCUGAUGUGAUUCUCGGUGACAAGAAGAUCGAGGCUCCUGUCCUCUUCCGAGGCAUUGGCCACUCACUGAAUACUGCUAAUAGCUUGGUGUUGAAAGUACUUCCUGCCUCUCCUGCUGCAUAUUCUGCAAACCCGUUGAUGAAGCUUUCAAGUCCUCCCUCACUUACAGGAUCUGCAAUAUCAUUAGUUUCUAUAGUGCAGGCAAGAAACAAUGCUCGUAUUUUGAUUACGGGCUCUUUGGAUAUGUUCAGCAAUCGUUUUCUCAAAUCUGGUGUGCAGAAGGCUGGGAGGUCUAUUAAGCACGAGAAGUCUGGCAAUGAGCAGUUUGUCACAGAGAUUAGCAAAUGGGUCUUCCAUGAAAGGGGUCAUCUCAAGGCUGUUAAUGUACAUCAUCACAAAGUUGGAGAAACAAAUGAGCCAUCCAUGUAUCGGAUUAAUGAUGAUCUGGAAUAUUCUGUUGAAAUCUAUGAAUGGUCUGGAUCAAGCUGGGAACCAUAUGUAGCAGAUGAUGUGCAAGUUCAAUUUUAUAUGAUGAGCCCCUAUGUACUAAAAACCCUUGCCACUGACCACAAGGGCCUGUAUUCAACUUCAUUCAAGGUUCCUGAUGUCUAUGGCGUUUUCCAGUUUAAGGUGGAGCACCAAAAACUUGGAUACACUAGCUUAUCACUUUCAAAACAGAUACCUGUCCGACCAUUCCGGCACAAUGAAUAUGAGAGAUUCAUAACGACUGCUUUUCCAUAUUAUGGAGCAUCAUUUUCAACUAUGGUGGCAUUUUUCAUAUUCAGCAUUGUUUACCUCUACAACAAGUAGAUGCCGCUCCCUGAGAUAGACUUGGUAACUGAAGUUUUGGGUAUAGAAUUUUCAGCAAGACUAGAUACCCAGAUCAGUCAUCGAAAUAUCUAAUUAAUGGUUUUUUUUGUUGAAUUUGAGCUGGCAUUUGGGAUUAAAAAUAUUGUAGUAGGUUGUAUUCUGGGUUUUAGGGUUGAAACUCGAGAGUUGGUAAAACAUAGUAUUUCAUGUCCUCCUAGUUAACAUGACAUGAGUUUUCUUAAGCAUAUGAUCAGUGCGUUUGAUUGCAACUGAGGUAACAAAAUGUUUGUGCUAUUUAUAAGUGAUCAGUUUAGUUGUUUUACA